GUUCGAUUUGAAAUUUCAAAGUAUAUUAGGUAGAUGUUAGCAGCAUUAUAUUAUAAGCAAAAAGAAUCUCAGCAAAAUGGUAAAGAGAAAGGAGCAAACUCCAUUAUCAGUUGUGUGUUGGAAGACCGUGAAAUAGUUGAAAAAACUAAUGGGCCAGGAGAAAGCUUAAGGACAAGUAUUGAAUCAAAACAAUCUUCUCAGAAUGGGCAUCCGCCCGCUUCGUGCAGUCGCACACAAACACUAACCAACUCACAUCACGAUGAUACUGAACAAAUUAGUAAUCGAUUCGAAAUAGAUGACGUUCUGAAAGGAAAUGAAUUUCCUGAAAAGGUAACGAAAACAGCAAAAAUUUUGCGUUUUUCAAAUAGAAAAUCACUUGAUAAUUCGAAUAGUAUUCGAAAUGCGUUGAAUGAAACCAUUGGUGGAAAGUAUACAAGCCUUUCUCGUCUAAACACGGAGUUUCUACAAGCAAAAAGAAUUGCAUUUUUAGAAACGCUUUUUGAUAGCAAUGACACAGUGCAAAUAUUGCCUCGAUUUAACCUUGAAAAAUCUGGUCAGAGUCUUUCUUCUGGUGUCGCCGAUAUGUUUGGAGGCAAUUAUUCUGAUGCUAUUGGUGAACUUCAAAAGAUAUGGAAUCGCUUGAAAUAA